CCGUAGCCUACACCGAUGUCAUGGAUGCCUACCAGAUCGUUGGGUGGCAGUACGACAACUGGACAUCCCUGCCACUCCGGAUGGAGACCGUGCGCGACUUCCACUCCACUCUCCGUCGUGGAAUGUUCCUCGCCUUCGCCCUUCCUCCCUUUACGAUUGCCGUGCGUCGUCUCUCCCUCAUCUGCCUUGCCAUGCACGCAACGGCUGCCCGACGACGUUUCGACAAGUCGCUGGACAUGGUCGCGGCGCGACCCGAGCUCUUUGUUGACCUUGUGUCAUCUCCGUCAAGCACGGACAAUGCCUGGAGCAUGCUGGAAUCCCCGAUCUUGGGACGGGACGUUGUGCAGGGCCCCCGCACCCCCUUUGAGGAAGCCGAACGUUCUCCGCUAGCGCUCGCACCGGUAAGUUCAGCACUCAGAUCGUGAUCUAGCCACUGACGUGACUUGCUCGC